AUGUAUAAAAUUAUUCUUGCUCAUUCUCGAAUCGGUGUUUCAAAAUUGUUUUUCAUUCAAUCAUGCCCACUUGCCACUUCGACUACCCCCGUGACAAAAAACAAAGCGCCUGAAACUGGUACAAACAUUGAAAAACCCGAUAUGGUUAGACAAAUUCGAGAAAAAAAACCAAAAAUGAAAACAUUUUCAAUUUAUCGUUGGGUAAAAUCCAACCCUGAACAGCCUGAUAAAAAACCAUAUUUACAAGAUUAUACGAUUAAUUUAAAUGACUGCGGUCCAAUGAUUUUGGAUGCAAUUAUUAAAAUAAAGAAUGAAUCUGAUCCAACCCUAGCAUUCCGUCGUUCUUGUCGUGAAGGUAUAUGCGGGAGUUGUUCAAUGAAUAUUGAUGGACGAAACACGUUAGCUUGUAUAUGUAAAAUUGACGAUUCAAGUAAACCAACAAAAAUAUAUCCAUUGCCUCAUAUGUAUGUUGUUAAAGAUCUUGUACCUGAUUUUUCAAAUUUUUACAUGCAAUAUAAAAUGAUUGAACCGUAUUUAAAACGUAAAACACCGACAAAAAUCGGAGAUAAGCAACUAUAUCAAAGUGAAGAAGAUCGUCGAAAAUUGGAUGGCAUGUAUGAAUGUAUUUUAUGUGCUUGUUGCUCGACAGCUUGUCCAAGUUAUUGGUGGAAUUCCGACAGAUAUCUUGGACCUGCCGUUUUAAUGCAAGCCUACAAAUGGAUAGUUGAUUCACGUGAUGAAUAUACACAAGAACGUUUAAGUCAAUUUCACGAUACUUUUUCACUAUAUCGUUGUCAUACAAUUAUGAAUUGCACAAAAGUUUGUCCAAAGGGUUUAAACCCAGCAAAAGCAAUUGGUGAACUUAAAAAAUUAAUGGGUGGAAUACAAUCGAUGCCGGAAAAAAAUAUUUCAACAGUUGGUCCAGAAUACAAAUAG